AUGAUUGUUGUUUAUCAGGACCGUAGUGGCGUCACGCACACUCUUCAUGGUCCGCCUGAUCAGAACUUCCGUCUACGACGUAUCAGUCAACUCUUGUGCGUAGUCUGCUUCGAGCUACAAAACAUCCUGUUUGACGAUGAAGUACUCUUUUCUGGCGUCAAAUUCAGUCAUACGCUCCAGCACCUUUCGCUGUCCCACUGCCAGAUCGGAGACACGGUGUGCCUCAACUUGUGCCGGACGCUCUGGGACACCCAAUAG